CGAGGAAAGUUAAUGCAGAAUUAAUAAAUUAGAUAAAUAUUUCAUCUUCAAGUUAGUAACGUUACUAUGUUUCUUUCCGAUAGUAAAUUUAUCAGUGAGUUUGAGAUAAGAUUAAUUCAAAGUAGACUGGAUAAUACAUGUAUAUAUUCGGCAACGUGACCGUAAAUAUAUAACAUUUCAUACCGAUAUUUACUGUCCGCUAUCCAUAUUUGCUUUUUUGAUCAUUUGUUUGCAUUAUUUAAAUAAAUAAACUAUAUAUGUUAUACUGAUGUUAUUUUCUGGCUUAUAAACGGUGACUCAUGAGUGUAUUUACAAGGUCCUUUCAUCAAGGCCGGGAAGGUAGGGGUACUGAUGCAGAAAAUAGGGAAGUUGAACAAUUGUUUAAAGAUCAUGGCGGAGAUAGUGUAGACAAAAACGGAUAUAAAAGGACUCUGGAUGACCACAUUCAACUUGCCGUACAGAGAAUGUCAGUGCAAGUUGAAGAAAAGGUUCAAGGCUCUUACUGUAAUAGUAAGAAAUUCUGCAGGAAAGUACAUAUCGGAUCUUUAAUUAGACGUGCGAUACCAUUAAUUGUGUUAAUUGGAUAUUUGGUAUACCUCGGUUUUGCUCUUUAUUUGAACCCAGCAAAGUCAGCAUUUGUAUGCGUGGUUGCAGUUUUUGUAAUUUACAUUUGCAUCAACGUAUUGACUGGAGGAAAAGUUCGGCACUUUGUCAUCCAAGUAUUCUCAAAGGUUAAGAAACACACCAAACUAAAGAACAAGCGUAUCUCACUAUGGAUGCGGAGAAUUUCCACACUAGUUGUAGCCCUUGCCAUCAUAACGUUUCUAGUGAUAGAUCUCUGGGACGAAUGGAGGAAGUGGAUACCCCUUGGCGGGCUUGUGGUGUUUGUGGUCCUGUCUGUAAUGUUCUCAAAACAUCCGGGAAAGAUUAAAUGGACACCGGUACUAUGGGGCAUAUUUCUUCAGUUUGGGCUUGGUUUGCUGAUAUUACGAUGGGAGCCCGGAUUUGAAGCCUGUCGGUGGGUUGGUCGGCAAGUCACAACAUUUCUUGCCUAUACAGAUGCAGGUUCAGAGUUUGUUUUCGGGGAGAAGUAUACAUACCAUCCUGUUGUGUUCAAGAUACUACCAGUGGUUGUGUUCUUCAGCAGUGCAGUUUCGAUACUGUACUAUCUAGGGGCCAUGCAGAUCAUCAUUAAAUGUAUUGCUCUGAUUCUCCAGCUUGCCCUAGCUACAACACCUAUAGAAUCUUUUGCAACAGCUGCACAUAUAUUCAUAGGACAGGUAGAAUCCAGUGUUGCUCUAAAACCGUUUCUUGUGAAGUUAACAGAGUCAGAGUUACAUGCAGUAAUGACAAGUGGAUUUGCUACAGUGGCUGGCACCAUUAUAGCCGCCUACGUGGAAUUUGGUGUCCCGGCUGAGCACGUGAUAUCAGCGUCCUUCAUGUCGGCACCAGCUGCUCUUGCUAUAGCAAAAAUCUCUGUACCUGAAACGGAGGUCUCGAAAAUAAAGUCACAGAAGGAAAUCAAACUACCUUCUGGACAGGAGUCGAACAUGAUAGAGGCGUUGUCAGUGGGUGCAACAACGGCAGUUAAGCUCGUAGCAUAUGUUGUUGUUAAUUUGAUAGCGUUCAUUGCAGUUCUAAGUUUUCUUGACAGUGCGUUGUCUUAUUUUGGAGAAAUGGUUAAUUAUCCAGAACUUAGCUUUCAGUUAAUUUGCUCAUACAUAUUUAUGCCGUUGGCAGCAGUAAUUGGAGUCCCGUGGUCAGACACAAAAAUUGUUGGCGCUUUGAUAGGAAAGAAAAUUAUCAUUAACGAGUUUCUAGCAUAUGCAGAUCUCGGCAAAAUGAUACAGGAAAAUAUAUUAGAUGAGCGAUCUGCAGUUCUGGCAACUUAUAUACUAUGUGGAUUUGGCAGUAUAGCGGCGUUAGGUAUAAAUCUUGGAAGUCUGUCCUCGGCAGCUCCGGAAAGACGCUCGCAAUUUGCUCAGCUCUCUCUACGGUCGAUGAUCAACGGAAAUAUCGCGUGCUUUAUGACAGCUUGCGUAGCAGGAUUGUUGUACCAGCAUUCACAGUCACAAGAAGCUACCACGCCGUAUAUGAAUAGUACAGAACCGAUCUUAAAUUCUAAUGUUACUUUAAAUAUAACAACUUUAUCACCUAUGUUCAAUAGUUCACAAUUCUGAGACAUCCACACCAGUCUAAUUUACUCAGGAAAGUUGGACUGUGUAUGCUAACAGAAACGGCAGAUUCAUCCGGCCCGUGAUACAAGGCAGAAGGGUUUUAGUGUAUAACAAUAUUUAAGUGAUAUUUCUCUAGAAAUAACAAUUUUGGAUAAAUUUUAGACAAAUAAGUUUGAUUCUGGGUCAUCUAGGGCAAAUAAAUAUCAUAGAAAAAAAUCCUGUUCACACUAUAUUUCUAAUGUACAGGAAAACAGAUCAAAAUAGUUGCCUUAAUAAAAUCUUGAUCAAUUUCAAACUGGGUCAUCUUGGGUGAGACCAUAGAAAAUCCUUAUUAACAAUAAACAGAGACCACAUUUUUACCUGAGAAGGAGAGAUCGUGUUUGUAUACAAAUCCGUUGUAUAUUCUAUUUUUAGAACUGAUAAGACAAAGACCGGGUAGGCUGUCGCCGAACGUCCAUGAUUUUUUGUAAACAUUGAUGUUUUUCUAACGGCUUAAACUUUCUUAAAUCAUAAAUGAUAUCAAUAAUUUUUUGAUCAAUGGAAAGGAUAGAAAACAAGCAAUUUAUUGCUAACUUUUAAUUUUUAUUUCGAAAUAAAUCUGAUUAAUUAUGAACGCUUAACUUACAGUGUUUUUUCUAAAAGUUUGGAGCAUCGCUACGCCGCUAUUAAAAUCAUAUGUCAUUUAAAACGGUUAUUAAUUUUCAAAAGUUAUUUGAAUAUAAAAAUAUGAAAAUCGUUAGCAUUUCAAAACUUUUUGAAUUUUUAAAAUCCAUAAAUGAACGAAAAAGUUAUUAGAAAUUAAAAAUUCCGAUCCCAUACACAAACGAUGUAAAAAUAUUUGUUUUGCCCACCGUCAGAUAAACAGGUGUUGAUGCGUGACGUCAGGGUGAUCUCUCCUUAUCCGGGUCAGAAUGUAUAUAAAUCUAUGUAACAACACUUAAUGACUUACAUGAAAUCGUACAAACAAAAUGUUUUGGCGAAAUCUGCUUGGUAAACCUGGAAUAUUCAUUGCUGCAAUAGAAUUUAUAAUAAUAAUAAUAAUAAUAAUAAUAAUAAUAUCUUUAUUUAUAGAAGUUAGCACGUACAAAGUACAAAUGAUACAUCUUAAUCUUAAAUGUGACCUUCUGAACAACAACCACAACAACCACAACAACCAAAUACAAUUUACACUAUCACAUAACCUAACUAAUAUCACAUUCAUUCUUAGACAAGUACCCCUUAAAAUAGAUAUUGCCUUCAUAAAAUUUCGAUUUAGGCAAUCAGUAAGUGACAUAAUAUAUACAUGCAUAAUUAUAUUAUAAUGACAUAGUUAUAAUUCAGCUGAUAUAAACAGAGAUUCUUUAAGCAGUCAACUGUAAGAUAUACUUUUUAUAUCAAUUUUUAAAAGAUGUUAGAGAACAUGUGGAGCGAAUUUCAUUUGGUAUUGAGUUCCAAACAUUUGCACCAUUGUAACAAAACGUUUUUUACCAUAAUUUGUACGAUGUUUAGGUAAAUCAAUGUCAUUAUGAGCAGGAGAUCUUAGAUUGUAUGUUUCACUGCUGGAAAAGGUUAAAAUUUCAGAGAUAUAUGAAUGUGCUAAAUUGUUGCAAGCUUUGUAAAUAAGACAGCCCGUGUUGAAGUUACAUCUUUUAUUAAAUGACAUCCACCCAAGCUUUUGUUCAUGUUUGGAACGUUUUAUUAAAACUUAUUCUUGCAGCUCUACCUUGAAUUUUCAUUAUUUUCUUUGAAGAACUCAUUUCCUUGACACCAUACAGUACAACAAUAAUCACAUACAUGUGUUGACAUUAUAUUUGCAUUAUAAAAUAACUUUUUCAUUUCAUCUGUCAAAUAGUACGAUGUACGUCUCAACAAUGCUAUUUUUGAGUUAAGUUAAGAGCAAACUGUUUCAAUUUGAACAUUCCACGACAAUGUGUUGUCUAUAUAUAUCUAUAUUUAAAUGAAAACAAAAGACUAUAUAUUAUAUUUGUUGAUAUGAUGAAAUGUUUUGAUACUAUCUAUAGAAAUGGAUUAUGGUUGAAAAUGUAUAAAUGUGGAAUACAAGGUAGAUUACUUAGAAUAAUACGUGAUAUGUACGAAAAAGUUAAGUCUUGUGUUAAAUCAUGUUCUAACUAUUCUGAUUAUUUUCAAUAUGCUGUCGGCUUACGUCAAGGGGAGGUAAUGUCUCCUCUAUUAUUUUCUCUUUUUGUAGAGGAUCUUGAGUUAUAUCUACAAAAUAAUGCUGAGUCCGGUCUGCUUUUAGAUGAUAUAGUCCUAAUACUUCUUUUGUUUGCAGAUGAUAUGGCCAUUAUUGGUAAAACACCAGAAGAAACACAAGAACUUUUAGAUCUUCUUUAUUUAUACUGUAAUAACUGGGGUCUUAAAGUAAACACGUCGAAAACGAAAAUUAUGGUAUUUCGUAAAAGAGGUGGACUUUUAGCUACUGAGUAUUGGACCUAUAAUGGCCAAGUAAUCGAAGUAGUUAAUGAUUUUAAUUAUCUUGGUACUAUAUUUAAUUACACGGGUAAAUUUAUAUUAAAUCAAGAACAUUUGAUCGGUAAAGCUUUAAAGGCCAUGAAUGUACUUUUGUAUAAAUGUAAGGAAUUUGAUCUCAGUCCCAAAACAUUAUGUCAGCUAUUUGAUGCUUUUGUAUCAUCUAUAUUGAAUUAUUCAUGUGAAAUUUGGGGCUAUACUAAGUCCAAAGAAAUUGAAAGAAUACAUCUAAAAUUUUGCAAAAAGUUACUGAAAGUGAGACCAAAUACAUGUAAUGCCAGUGUCUAUGGUGAACUGGGAAGAUAUCCUUUAUAUGUACAUAGAUAUGUAAGAAUAAUAAAGUAUUGGUUGAAAAUUGUUGAUACUGAUAAUAUAAUAUUAAAAACAGUGUAUAAUUUAGCAUUGGAUGAUAGCAAUAAUGGUCUUAAAAACUGGGUUUCAAACGUCAAAAAGCUUUUGAACGAUUAUGGAUUUUCAUAUAUGUUUGGUAAUUCUAGCGGUAUAAAUAAGAAUAUGUUUUUGCGCGAAUUUAAAUGUCGCAUCAUUGACUCUGUUAAACAAGAAUGGUAUGCUAAUUUGGAAAACAGCUCUGUUUUGUAUAUGUAUAAAAAUGUUAAAUGUUCUUUUGAAUAUGAACGUUAUUUAGAUAUUCUGCCAAGAUGUUUUAGAUUUUAUUUCUGUAGACUUAGGAUGAGUGGUCUGCCCCUCAGAAUACAGACUGGCAGAUAUAAUAGAAAUCGAAUUCCUCGUGAGGAAAGACACUGCUUAUGUUGUAAUACUUUGGAUAUUGAGGAUGAAUACCACUUUGUUUGUAUAUGUAGAUGUUACGCUGAUAUUAGAAAGAAAUAUUUAAAAGCUUUUUAUUAUAGACAUCCAUCAGUAUAUAAAUUUAUACAACUUUUAAAUACAACUAAUAAAGCAGAACUUAUUCACCUAUCCAGAUAUGUUAAAGAAGCUCUUACUAUAAGAAAUGCACUUUUAAAUGUUGAAGCCUAAAUUUUCAUGUUCAUUCUCCAUCAGAUUAUCAUUAUAUUUGUUUAAUUAUAUUUAUUUUGUAUCUAUUGUUUGUAACUUGUCCUUUAUUUCAUGUUUAUUUUCACGUUGACAUUAUAUAUGUGAACUAUAUGAAUUAGACGAUGUACUACGUACAAGUCUGAAUAAAAUAUCUGUUCUGUUC